AUGUCUAUCUCAUUCUCGGUUUCCGAGACACCUAAACCAGUCUCAAUCAUCACUCCGGUUCAAGCCACUGACGUUCAAACCGCGAUUCGAUGCGCACGGGUACAUGGAAUCCAUGUAAGGACUCGGAGUGGUGGUCACCACUACGCAGGUCAAUCUUACGUCGCUUACAACAAACCAUUUGUUGUCAUCGAUUUAAGGAAUCUUCGGUCUAUAACAUUAGACGUUGAUAACCGAACCGGUUGGGUCCAAACCGGAGCAACUGUCGGAGAAUUGUACUACGAGAUUGGGAAAGCCACCAAAUCUCUUGCUUUCCCGGCCGGUAUUCACCCAACCGUCGGUGUUGGAGGACAGUUUAGCGGCGGAGGUUACGGUACGUUGCUUAGAAAGUACGGUUUAGCCGCGGAUGAUAUAGUCGAUGCACUUGUGAUCGAUGCCCGCGGGAGGAUUCUUGACCGACAAGCAAUGGGUGAGGAGUACUUCUGGGCGAUCCAUGGAGGUGGUGGAUCGAGCUUUGGCGUUGUGCUAUCGUGGAAGAUUAGAUUGGUCGAGGUUCCAUCGACUGUAACGGUCUUUAAAGUCGUAAAAACAUCGGAGAAUGAGGCUGUUCCGAUCAUCAACAAGUGGCAGUAUGUCGCGGAUAAGGUUCCCAAUGAUCUUUUCAUCAGGGCAACGUUGGAGAGAUCGAGCAAGAACGCUGUGAACGCUCUGUUCACGGGACUUUAUCUCGGUCCAGUGAAGGAUCUAUUGGCCCUAAUGGAAGAAAAGUUUCCAGAACUAGGUCUUGAGCUCGAAGAUUGCACCGAGAUGAGUUGGAUUGAAUCUGUACUAUGGUUUGCUGAUUUCCCUAAAGGAGAAUCAACCAGUUUUCUCGCGAAUCGGGAGCGAACAUCUCUAUCUUUCAAGGGAAAAGACGACUUUGUCCAAGAACCGAUACCCGAGGCCGCGAUUCAUGAGCUAUGGAAGCGAUUAGACGCGCCCGAGGCUCGGCUUGCAAAGGUCAUACUCACUCCAUUUGGUGGGAAAAUGAGUGAAAUAGCAGAGCACGAAACGCCAUUCCCUCACCGUGAAGGAAAUCUCUAUGAGAUUCAGUAUUUGGCUUACUGGAGAGAAGAGGAAGACAAGAACAAGGCAGAGACUGAGAAAUAUCUGAAAUGGGUCGAGAGCGUUUACGAUCUUAUGAAAGAGACAAAAUACGAGGAAGGAAAGAGUUGGGGAGUGAAGUAUUUCAAGAACAACUUCGAGAGAUUGGUGAGAGUGAAAACGAUUGUUGAUCCAACAGAUUUCUUCUGCGAUGAACAGAGCAUUCCGCUGAUGAAAUCCGUCGAGGAUAACUGA